AUGGGGUCGUCACAGCCAGCCCAGGGCGCUGGCAUGCCGUUUGGUUAUGUCAGUAGGGGAGAUGAUCUCUUCUUCGAACCACCGGAACCAGCGCCCGGUCCGGCCCUCCUUUCCUUUGAGGAAUCGCAGAGCCUCAACCAUCUUCUCGAGCAACUAAAGUCUGGCGGUCCUCUCAUGGACAUGUCUUUCGGAGAGGGCCUCAACUUUAGCGAUGCAUGGCAGCAAUUACCACCGCAGUUUAUGGGCACCGCUACCUCCUUCGGCCACCAAACAACGAACUUCUCCCCGACCAUGUUCGAUUUUACCUCCCAUAUAUCUUCCGAUAGUCUGUUCGACUCUAUCCAGUUUCCAACCAUGGCCGCACCGCAAAUGAUGCAGCCACCACGACAUCACAUUCGAACUCCUCACCCCCCUCAACAUAGUCAAACUUCGCCAACAAGCGCAGCUGCUGUCUUGGCGGGACUUCAAAACGGGCUGCCCCCACGAGCCAAUGCUAUGGCUCGCAGCGCUAUGCUGCCUUCACAGACACCAGCACGUACGACAGCUCACCCUCUGCUACGAACACAGGGACAAUACACAGGGCGGACCAGCCCCGUCCGUGCGGCCCCCGUUCAAUCACCCGUUACGGAGCACCGCGACGAGCACCUCUUCGCCGACAUGGCCUUUGGCAACCCACACGGUCCAAGUAGCCAUCGAGUAGCACAGCAGGUUCCCGAGGAUGUGCGCUGGGGGUCGGACAGAAACUUUGGGAGGAAUUUCGUCCCUCCAUCUCAGAGAGAAACGACGCAGACUCUGGAGGGUGAGCGAAUGAAGUACCUCGAAAUUUUUCAACCUAUCAACAGUGCGACCACGACCCAACCUCCAAGUCCUCUGGGUAGUGGCAGCAGCUCUCCACGUGGCAAUAAAGCAAACGGCCAACCGGCGAUUUCCCGGGAAGAAGGCCCAUCCAAGAAACGUAGGAAGAGUGACGAGGGAAAUGACGAGGAUGAAGAAGUCACAGCGUCUUCAUCGAAAGCACCCGCCAGAAAACGCAAAUCGAAAGAUAACCUGAACGAAACUAGCGAAGCUUCUUCGUCAAGCGCUGCGCCAGGCAAGAGGAGGCGCAAGUCUGCUGUCAAUGGGGCAAAGCCACCUCGAGAGAACCUCAGCGAGGAAGCCAAGCGACGCAACCACAUCAAGUCCGAACAACGAAGGAGACAUAUCAUCAAAGACGGCUUUGAAAAUCUUCAAGAGAUUGUGCCAAAUCUGAAGAACGGUGGCUAUAGCAAGAGCACAGUCCUGCAAAUGGCUGCUGACUGGCUCGAGGAGCUCACUCAGGGCAACGAGCUUCUGAGUUCAUGA